AUGGAACCCGUUUGGAGUAAUCGCUUUUUUUUCUGUUAUGCCUUUUCAAUAUUAUUACUCUCUAUUGUUUGUCUUACAGAAGCAAAGAGAGACGGGUUUAGUGUUGAACUAAUUCAUCGUGACUCCCCGAAGUCUCCCUUUUACAACCCUAAACAUACUCCCUAUGAAAAAGUCAUCAAUGCCGUGCGUCGUUCUUUCAAUAAUGUCAACAAAUUCAACCCAAAUACAGCACAAGCUGAUAUAAUCUCCAACAGUGGUUCGUAUCUUAUGAAUAUUUCAAUCGGUUCCCCACCUUUCCCGAUUAUCGCUAUUGCCGAUACUGGUAGUGAUCUUAUAUGGACACAAUGCAAACCUUGCAAUGAGUGUUUCGCACAAAAAGCUCCUCUUUUCGACCCCAGCAAAUCCUCUACUUUCAAACAACUUUCUUGCUUCUCAAACCAAUGUCAAACCCUUGAGGGUUCCUCUUGCGCCGACGACAAUACUUGCGUAUAUACCGCCUCUUAUGGUGACAGAUCCUUCUCAAAUGGCGAUCUUGCUAUCGAUACUGUUACUUUGGGUUCAACAUCUGGACGUCCUGUCCCUUUGACUAAAACCACCAUCGGUUGCGGGCACAAAAACGAUGGUACUUUUAAUGAAGAAACAUCUGGCAUAAUUGGCCUUGGAGGCGGUGCGGUUUCUCUUGUUACACAAUUGGGUAACUCAAUUGGUGGCAAAUUCUCUUACUGUUUGAUUCCUUUGUCAUCAUCAUUAAAGGAUAGUUCAAGCAAACUUAAUUUUGGUAGCAAGGGAGUUGUUUCAGGUAAAGGCGUUGUUUCAACUCCUUUGGUUUCUAAAGAACCAGACACUUUCUACUAUCUCACACUUGAAGCAAUCAGUGUUGGCACCAAAAGAAUCAGCUUGGUUGAUUCUUCAUCUUCGGAGGGUAAUAUUAUAAUUGAUUCAGGGACUACAUUGACCUUUUUGCCCGAGUCGUUUAACUCUAAGUUGAUCUCAGCCGUGUCAGAUGCCAUUGAUGCUGAACCUGUAAAAGACCCUAAUGAGCUACUCGAUUUGUGCUACAGUGCUACAGCAGAUUUUCAAAUUCCAACUAUUACAGCACAUUUUACUGGGGCGGAUGUGAAGUUGAGUCCUUCGAAUACAUUCGUCAGGAUCAGUGAGGAGCUUGUUUGUUUCACGUUUAAGGGUUCUAGUGGUGCACAAAGCCUUUCAAUUUACGGUAACUUGGCGCAGAUGAAUUUCCUGAUUGGGUAUGAUACAGAGGAAAAGACUGUAUCCUUUAAACCAACAGAUUGCACCAAGGGUUGAUGUGCUAUGUUUUAAAAUUUUAUUAAAUAAUUGUUUUAGUAGGAAGUAUCAAUAAAAAACUUCA